AACGAGGCUCCAACACCCAAACAAGGUCAAAAUGUCUGAAAGCAACUGGUAUGAUGUUUGUUUGUUUGGCAUUCAUUCAUUGAGCCUUCGUCAGAAGAAUAAAAGCCUUUUGCAAUGGUAGUAAAGCAAGGACCACGAGAAAACAUUUUUUACAAAGGCAACUGAAUAUCAAAGACUAAAUAUGCGGCGAAAGAACAGAGAAACAAGUGACAAAAAAGUUGAUACAAGCAAGUCAAACACAAACAGAAUGCCUCUUAGUUAUUUAAAAAUAAUAUUUGCAUUGGUGAUUUUUGUAUCAGUUGCAGUUUAUAUUUAUUUGUAUAUAAGAACUCCAAAACUACCUUUUCCAAUGUCUCCUGAAAUGGAAGCUAUUUAUAUAAAGCAUGGUCCUGGGGAAACAAAGCCAAGAAGAAGGCCAGAUAUUAAUGAGGCAGUAAAAGAAAGUGAAGAUGUAAAGAAAGAAAGCCCACUAAACAAGAAAAGCCAACCACAUAGAGAAGAAAACCAUGAACCUGUAACAACAACAGCAAAAACCUUGCAUGAUCAAGCAAUACACGCUGGUAUUGUUGCUUGUGGACUGCGAGCACCUGAAGCUAUCAUCAGCCUGAAGUCUUUUGCUAUGUUGUCUGAAAAACCAUUGUAUUUCCAUGUCUUUGCUGAAGAUGAAUUGCAUGAUACUUUCAAGAAAGAAAUUCAAACAUGGCCUGGUUUUAAAAAUGGUAAAAUCAAGCUUGACCUCCAUACAAUACAAUUUCCUGUUGAGGGUAACUUUCAUGAAUGGAAAAAACUGUUCAAACCAUGUGCCUCUCAAAGACUUUUCUUCCCACUUCUACUAAAGGAUGUUGAUUCCAUAAUAUAUGUAGACACUGAUGUAUUGAUGCUAAGGCCACCAGAGGAUCUAUGGGGAUUUUUCUCAAGGUUUAACAAUACACAGCUAGCUGGUAUGGCACCAGAAGGUGAAGUUGACGCCAUAGGAUGGUAUAACAGAUUUGCUAGACACCCAUAUUAUGGCAGGCUUGGUGUCAAUUCUGGUGUUAUGUUGAUGAACCUGACAAGAAUGAGGAGGAACAACUGGAAUGAUGAUGUGUACCCUAUUUACAAGCAUUAUCGUUACGAUAUCACAUGGGGAGAUCAAGAUAUUUUGAAUAUAAUGUUCCAUUUUAAACCAGAGCACUUAUAUAUAUUUCCUUGCGAGUGGAAUUAUCGUCCAGAUCACUGCAUGUAUGGGAACAAUUGUGGUACUGCCUUAAAUAAUGGAGUUUCAGUUGUCCAUGGCAAUAGAGGCGUUUUUCAGAAUGACAAGCAACCAGAAUUCAAAGCCAUCUACAAGGCUUUCGAAAAUACUAAUUUUGGAGUAAACAUGAAAAAAACUUUAAAAAAUAGAAUAAAAAUAGGGCUUGAUAAAUAUAAAAAUACAUAUUGUGGAGAAAAUGGAUAUAUAUUUUCAAAACAAAUUUCAGAGCUAAAAUGAAUUUGAAUUGUAAGUAAAUGGUGAAGAUAUUAUUUGUGAAGAUAUAAUUGCUUAACAGUUCUGCUUUGAGUGGAUUCUCACUGUGUUAGGACAUAAAGGUGCUUUAGGAGAGAGGAAUGGAGGUUCACAAAGAGUGCCGUAUUCUCUCUUGUAUUCCCGCUGCUGGUUUAAUGCAGGACUAUUAGAGAAGUGGGUUUAUCAACUUUUAUAAUAUUUACUGAGUU